AGUCAACAUGUUGUUCUCAAUACCAGUUUCCCUUCAGCCUUUAUGUGGUGUUAAGACUUUUACAAGAUGAACAGAAAAGCACAAAGUCUGGAUGAGGAAAUUGAAGAAGCUGACUAUGUUAAUGAGAUCGCUGGUGCUGAAGAAAAGAUGAGAGCUGCUCCAGGUCACACGUUUUCUUCAAUCCCUCAGCUUUUCCAACUAGCAGCUUAUUGGAUGAUUCUGUUGGUAGUUAUCCCACUUCAUAUCCACCUUCACAUUAGUGUUGACUUUGAGCUGAAUCAGCUGAAGACCAAGGAAGCAGCUUUGAUAGAGAAAAUUCAAAACCUGUCAACAGAACUUGAUCAGGUUAAAAAGAUAAACCAGGAGCUGCAGACAGAGAAGAAAAACCUCACCGAGCAAGUAGAAAGCAUGAAGAAAACCUGGAAUGAGCAGAACGUCAGUCAAGCUCAGUGGAUCAUUGAUCAAUACUGUCCCAAAGACAAAAAGAGACAGUGUGCUUCUUGUCAGAAAGGUUGGCUUCACUAUCAGUCCAGCUGCUAUGUAGUUAAUAAUGUUGAACCUAAGAAUCAGAAAACCUGGGAAGAAGCACGAAAAAACUGCAGAGGAAGGAGUUCAGAUCUGACUGUUGUUGGUAAUGAAGAUGAAAAGACAUUUCUUAAAGGCAACAGUUGGGUUGAUAAGAACAUUAAUGGAUACUGGAUUGGUCUCAGAGCUGAAGGAGGGAGAUGGAAAUGGAUCGAUGGAAGUGAUCUGACCAAUCAAGCCUGGAUACAGCAGCAGAACGCCACUGAUGGUCAAUGUGUAACUUCUCUCCAGAACCGAGAAUGGACAUCAGUGAGCUGUACUGAGAAGAACACGUGGAUCUGUGAGAAGAAGGCUUUAUCUGUUUAAAAUGAAAUAUUCAGACUAAAAGAGGUUAUAGAAAAACCUAAAUGUAAAUUUAAGUUUCACUUAUAUUUUCUCACAAAAGAUAAACUAUAGUUUAUUAACCAUAGCAAUAAAAAUUAUAUAAUUAUAAUAAUUUGUGCAUUAACUGAAAUAAUUAAAGCUGUAAAUUUACUUUGUAUAACCACAAAUCAAAUCCCACCUUCACUGAAAAUAAUCAAUACUCUGAACACAACACCAGAAUUUAGAAAUAGUAAGUAUCUUUAAGUGGCAUAAAAUAUUUUUAUUGUACAACUUUAAAAGACUUUUCUACUAUUUGUGUCAAUUUCACAUGAUAUAUUCAGAUUCAUUAAAAGAAACUGAGGGCUGAUGUACUUCCUGUUUCCGUAGACAAUUGCUUCAGAGUUAAUGAUUUUUGACCAGCAGGGGGUGCUGCAGCACUUUUUAAAGAAGACUGGGGUAAUAAAAUAAUUAGAUAUUUUUAAAUGUUGAAGUGGUGUGUCUUUACGAUGCAUGUGCUUGUUUUUAAAUUAUUAUUGUGAAUAAAACAAAGACAAACUGUACAAAUCAGAUAAACAGUGGCAUUUUAAUUCCACAGUUUGGUAUUUAUAUUCCUAUUAUUUCAUAAGAACAACUCCUGAUUGUCAAAUGAAGCAAAGCAAACCAAAGUGUAAUGCGCCAAAUAAAACUGAAGUAAAACUAAAACCCAACCCAACAAAUUCUCAGAUUAACAGAAACUGAGAAUUUGCUGGGUUUAUGUUGCUGCAGAAAAUGAAAAGGUUUAUCUUUGCUUUUUAUCUAAUAGUCACAGACAUAAUUUGUAUUUAACAAAACCAGUUUCUCACUCCUGCCCCACUCACCUUACAGUAAAAUGUCCUCUAAUGCA